AUGGCAACUAUACCUCCGUUUACCCAUGAUGAUAUAAUGUUACCCCCAAGUGAUUCUAUAAUUCUAGAACUACUCGGUUUUCAAGUAUCCCACGAUGCUACUAUUAUGGAGAGUCGUGAGCUUCAAGAAGUUCAGCAGAUAAAAAAUAGCUUGCCCGCCGAUAUAGGUAUCCAGGUGCCUCAGCAGGAUCCCCUCGUCGCCCAGGUACAACCUGUCACUGCCAACUCGCCAUCUCAUCUUAACUCCUCGGGCUCUAGCAUCAACUCCCAUAGCAGAACUCCUUCAGAAAUAGCACGACCCAUGGGAAUGGCAGCUGAGGGUGGGACCUACACCUGUACCUACCACGGGUGCACUCUUCGCUUUAAGACGCCAGCUCUUCUCCAGAAGCACAAGAGGGAGGGCCACCGCCAAAGCCACGGCCUCACAGUACCUCGACCUCACGAGGGUAUGACAUCCAGCCUGCUCAACAGCCAAGCUGGACCCCAUCGCUGCGGUCGCAUCAACCCUAGCACAGGCAAGCAUUGCAACACGAUCUUCUCGCGGCCAUAUGAUCUCACCCGACACGAAGAUACGAUCCACAACACCCGCAAGCAGAAGGUACGAUGCGAAGUCUGCACUGAGGAGAAAACAUUCAGCCGCGCCGACGCAUUGAUAAGACACUAUCGUGUCUGCCACCCUGAUAUAAAACCCCCCCACAAGCGCCAAAGACUUGACAAAAAAUGA